UGUACACAGGGCAUGAUAUCUGUGAGUAAAACCUGUGUCGCUGUCUUGUAACUCGUGGUCAUCAUCACACAUGGACGGGCUGCACCUUUGUUUGAUUGUUUUCUUAGUAGUAUCCUGCAGUCAUGAUUGGAUCUCUGGAUCAGAGUUGGAGGUGACAGUCAGAGCAGGAGACAACAUCACUCUCUACUGUGACUGCAAGUUAUCAAGUGGAGUUCACGUAGUGUGGUACAGGAACUGCUCUCAUGACAACCAGCCUUCUCUUGUCCUUAAAAGUACUUCAUGGACAAAAACAAAAACCACUACGAUUGAAAACUUACUGAAUCCCCUCCCUCGUUUCCACUUUGUGAGAAACCUUUCCUCUGACUCCUACGACCUGCUGAUCAGUAACAUCACUGACUCUGAUGAUGGCCUCUACUACUGUGGAACUGAAGGGAAUAAGGUGGAGGAUGAACAAUACAUUACUAGCAGAUCUGUUAACCGAUAUGGCAACACAACAACAAGGAUCUUAUUCAACAGUGAGCCUCAUCACGAUGAGACUCCACGAGACUGUGGUGUGUGCUGGAUGCUGCUGUUCUCUCUGUGUCCAGCGUUUGCUGUUCUGUCCUCUCUCCUCUCCUCUCUUCUGGUUUAUCGCCUCUGUCACAAAGAAGCUAAAGAACCUCAAGCUGAUCAGCAAACACCUCGAAGCAGACUGAAUCAGGAUGAAGAUGUGUGUUACGCUGCACUGGAAAUCCGUCAGGUAUCACAGAGACCAAAGAAGAAGAAAAUCCAGAGUUCUGACUUUAGCACCUAUUCUGCCAUCAAUACUUCCAGGAUGUAAAGAGUUGAAUUGAAUUGUAUAAUGAUGAUUAAUGAUGAAUGGUAUAAUUAAUUAGUGUGCAUACGUAUAUAGACCAUGUUGUCACUUAUCUUCGCCAUUUAAAGCUGAGCAACAAUCUGCAUCAUCUAUGACUGUAUGAAAAUGUGUAUGCAUAAAAUGUAGUUGUGGAAAGCGAUGAUGUUUUUGAAAAGUUGAUACUAAACUCUAUUUCUAAUUUCCUUACAACACUUAUAAUAAAUACAAAAACUCCUGAU